CCCUUCCCCAGACCCCCAAAUCCCCCAUUCUUCCACACUUUUCCUCCAUAAAAUCAGCGCCAUUGGCGAAAACCAAGCGCUAAACUUUCAGGGCAUCUGGUUUCUUCCUCCUCUGUUUCUCUCCUGCGAGUUUGAGCAGUGGGCAGAGGAGAUGGAUGGAGGAAAAAGGCAUCAGUCGCUGAAGUUAGCCAUCCUUGUCGCUCUUCUCAUCUCGACUACCCCUGUCCACGCUCUCACCGUCGGCAUCCAGUCCGUUAACUCCGGCAUCGCCGUGAUUAAGCAGCAGCAGCAGCAGCAGUGCAGCAGAACGUGCGAGUCGCAGGACUGCAACGUGCCUCCAUUGCUUAAGUAUGGAAAAUACUGCGGGAUUUUAUACAGCGGCUGCCCAGGGGAGAAGCCAUGCGAUGCUCUCGAUGCCUGCUGCAUGACCCACGACAACUGCGUCCAAUCCAAGCACAAUGACUACUUGAACGUGGAGUGCAACGAGAACUUGCUCAACUGCAUGGCGGAGGUGAGGGAAGCCGGCAAGGGCACGUUUAAGGGGAACAAGUGCAUGGUGGAGGAGGUGGUGGAUGUGAUCACCCUGGUGAUAGAGGCUGCCUUGUUAGCUGGGAGGAUUGUUCACAAGCCAUAGCAGAUGGUAUGUGAUGAUGCUCUGGAUUUGUUGUCCUUUUCUGAGCCCAUCGCAUUGGCUCUAUUUGUGUAAUCUUAUGCCAAUUGUGUGAUAGGCGGUCUCUUUGUCCUGGACAGGCGGUGAUUUUUUUUUUUUAAUGCUUUCUCUGAAA